CUACCAAUAGACGAGCAAGCAGAACUUAUUCCUUACGACAGAAGAUGGGAAUUUUCUAGAGAAAAAUUAAGAUUAGACAAAUAAUUGGGAAGUGGAGCUUUUGGAGUUGUAUUUAAAGCAGAAGCUUAUGAGAUUCUUGCUAAAAAGUCUAUAACAACUGUGGCUGUGAAAACAGUUCGCAAAAAUGCAGAUUUAAUGUACAUCAAUGCACUGGUGAAAGAGUUGAAAAUCAUGAUUUAUCUAGGACAACACUUAAAUGUCAUUAAUCUUCUGGGCGCUUGCACAAAAAACAUAGCCAAACGUGAACUUUUUGUAAUCGUCGAACUCUGCAGAUUUGGAAAUGUGCAAAGCUAUCUUAUCCGUCAUCAAGAAAGUUUUAUCAAUCAAAUUGAUUUAAAUACGGGUAAAAUCAAUUUAUCUAUUGGAAAGAUUAACUGGAGGACAAGAAAUAAGUCAGAACCUGUUUCUGACUAUGACACAAUCUCCAGCAACAGUGAGUCAAACAAUAUGCCUAAAGUCUACUAUACUCAGACUCAUGACUUUUGCAGCGAGUCUAGUGAUAAUUCCAAUAAUGAUGACAUGCAGCCAGGUUGGCGCUCCAAUUACAAGGGGGACUACAUAGACAGAGAUUUCGAGAAUCUUUGCACACAUGAUCUUCUUUUAUGGGCCUAUCAGGUGGCAAAUGGCAUGGAGUAUCUCUCUCAAAAAAAGGUGUUACACUGUGACUUGGCUGCAAGAAAUAUUCUACUGGCAGAAAACAACAUUGUUAAGAUUUGUGACUUCGGUUUGGCAAAGGCAUUGUACAAGGACGAAAAUUAUAAAAAACAACCCGAAGGAAAGUUUCCGGUCAAAUGGAUGGCCAUCGAGUCCAUCAGGGACGGGGUAUUUUCCACAAUGUCAGACGUGUGGUCAUUUGGUGUAGUACUUUGGGAGUUUUUUACUCUCGCAGAAUCACCUUACUCAAAUAUGAAGUUUAAAAAAGUUUAUCAAAAACUUAUCGAAGGCUACCGAAUGAGGCAACCUAGCUAUGCCACUAAAGAAAUCUACGAUAUUAUGCUUAGUUUCUGGGAGGAAAAGCCAAUUUUAAGACCAUCUUUUACACAACUGGUUGAAAGCAUUGGCAAACUUUUAGAAAAUGAUAUUAAAUUACACUUUCUGAGACUAUACCAUAAGUAUGAAAACUCAAACGUAGCGAGGUAUUUAGAGGAAAGAAAGGACCACUUGGCCGAUGUGUCACCACUAGAUUAUGAAAAAAGUUUUUCAAUGAAACAUAACGUCGUUAACAUCAAUCCCUAA